AUGUCGUCUAUACCUCUGGACGCCGCGGAAAUAGCCCCUCUUUCGCAGGUCACUGCUGGAUCAGGGCUCAAGAUCCAGCUCGGACAGACCGAGCACCGUGUCAAUCUCGUUCGGCAAUGGGACAUCAAGCCGGGCGAACGCGUGCUCGAACUUGGAUGUGGGCAGGGUGACUGCACGACCGUGCUUGCUGCUGCUGUCGGUACAUCUGGCCAUGUAACUGCCGUUGAUCCCGCCCCGCUUGAUUACGGCAGUCCGUUCACGCUUGGCCAAGCUCAGAGUUUCAUCAGCGCAGGACCUCUUGGCCCUAUUAUCACAUUUGUGCAAGACGACCCGGUGGCCUUUCUCGGCAAAACAGAAGAGACUUGGGACGUCGCUGUCCUCGCCGCCUGCACCUGGUACUUCUCCUCUCCCGAAGCCGUUCGCACAACGUUCAGAGCUCUCUCCGGAAGAGCCAAGCGUAUCUGCAUAUCAGAGUUUGCACUUUCCGCGAGCAAUCCUGCCGCGUUCCCCAACGUGCUCGCGGUGCUCACGCAGGCGGCGCUCGAGUGCCGCAAGAUGCAGUCGACGUCAAACGUCCGAACCGUCCUGAGCCCGAAGGCUGUCAAGGAGAUCAUAGGGCAGGCAGGGCUGGAGGUCGUGGAGGAAACUGUGGUGGAAACACCUGAGGGCAUGUAUGACGGACGAUGGGAGGUCGGCGCGGUUUUGAGCGAAAGCUUCCUGGAGGAUAUCAAGGCUCAUGUCGAAGACGAGAAGGAGAGGUCGGUUGUAUUGGCUUUGAGAGAUGCGGUGGAGGCGAGUAAGAAAACCCUCCCAGAGGGAACUCGGAUACGCACUAUGGACGUGUGGGUUGCAACUCUAAAGGCUUCAGAGCACUGAUGUCUUCGCCCUGCAUAGUAUGAGGUGUUAAAUGUCGGGUGACAUGUCGGGCGCGGAGCGCGCUUGACCCGUCUGCAAUGCGAGGGGUGAGAUUGCUGGGCAAGCGCGUCAGGUACAUCGGAUGCGAGCGCGAGUAGAUAUACGUGUACAGCGAUCAGAUAAUAGUGAGCACUGAACGCGCACUGAAUUCUCAUAUUCCAACAUGAG